CCCUGCCCCGCGAGGUCACUAGGAGUCAGAAGCUCCCCGACGGCAGUGAGCCUUUGUGGGUCCUUUGUUUCGGCUUUGGUUCAUUUUUAUAGGAGUGGGGUCCGCGGGUCUUUUCUCACACACAGGGUCGCUUGGGGCUUUGAAACACUGACCCUCGUCUGUUAACAGCUGAGUGCUUCCGCCAGGAUUCAGUUAAGGUUACAGCCCAGAAAACCCCAUGGGACGGUGUCAGGGUCCCUGCAUAAACAGCAACAUGGUUACUGUUGGGGUCCCGGAAUGAAGAAGGAGCCUUCACAGUCUUCAAUUGAGAGUUAUCUUCUGGAAUCUUCAGGCCUUGGGCAUGGACUGUGUUGGCAGCUGGGCUUACCCCUGACCUCAACUUCUCACCUACCACCAGGAGCCCCGGGAUGCUGCCCAGGCUGUGAAGAGGGGAGGCAGUGCUGUGGGGGCUGCCGGCAGCCAGGGCUGGAGAGAGACAUGUGGACACGUGGACACCAUGGCUCCCGCCUGCCAGAUCCUCCGCUGGGCCCUUGCCCUGGGGCUGGGCCUCACCUUCCAGGUUGCACCGCAGGCCUUCCACUCUCAAGAUGAAUUCCUGUCCAGCCUGGGAAGCUAUGAGAUCACCUUCCCCACCCGUGUGGACCACAAUGGGGCACUGCUGGCCUUCGCGCCCCCGGCCCCCCGGAGGCAGCGCCGGGGCACCAGGGCCACAGCUGAAUCCCGCCUCUUCUACAAGGUGGCCGCACCCAGCACCCACUUCCUGCUGAACCUGACCCACAGCCCCCGCCUGCUGGCAGGGCACAUCUCCGUGGAAUACUGGACCCGAGAGGGCCUGGCCUGGCAGAAGGCUGCCAGGCGCCACUGCCUCUACGCCGGGCACCUGCAGGGUCAAGCGGGCAGCUCUCAUGUGGCCAUCAGCACCUGUGGGGGCCUGCAUGGCCUGAUUGUGGCCGACGAAGAAGAGUACCUGAUCGAGCCCCUGCAAGGUGGGGCCAAGGGAUCCCGAGGCCCAGAGGAAAGCGGCCCCCAUGUGGUGUACAAGCGCUCCUCCCUGCGUCACCCGCACCUGGACACAGCCUGUGGAGUGAGAGAUGAGAAGCCAUGGAAGGGGCGGCCGUGGUGGCUACGCACCCUGAAGCCGUCGCCAGCCAGGCCCCUGGGGAAUGAAACGGAGCGAGGCCAGCCGGGCCUGAAGCGCUCGGUCAGCCGUGAGCGCUACGUGGAGACGCUGGUGGUGGCCGAUAAGAUGAUGGUGGCCUACCACGGGCGCCGAGACGUAGAGCAGUACGUGCUGGCCGUCAUGAACAUUGUUGCCAAACUUUUCCAGGACUCGAGUCUGGGAAACAACAUUAACAUCCUCGUCACACGCCUCAUCCUCCUCACAGAGGACCAGCCCACCCUGGAGAUUACCCACCAUGCUGGCAAGUCCCUGGACAGCUUCUGUAAGUGGCAGAAAUCCAUCGUUAACCACAGCGGCCAUGGCAACGCCAUCCCAGAGAACGGGGUGGCCAACCAUGACACGGCAGUACUCAUCACACGCUAUGAUAUCUGCAUCUACAAGAACAAGCCCUGUGGCACGCUAGGCCUGGCCCCCGUGGGCGGGAUGUGUGAGAGGGAGCGGAGCUGCAGCAUUAACGAAGACAUCGGCCUGGCCACGGCGUUUACCAUCGCCCAUGAGAUCGGACACACGUUCGGCAUGAACCAUGACGGCGUGGGGAACAGCUGUGGGGCCCGCGGUCAGGACCCCGCUAAGCUCAUGGCUGCCCACAUCACGAUGAAGACCAACCCGUUCGUGUGGUCAUCCUGCAGCCGCGACUACAUCACCAGCUUUCUGGACUCGGGCCUGGGGCUGUGCCUGAACAACCGGCCCCCCAGACGGGACUUUGUGUACCCGACAGUGGCACCGGGCCAGGCCUACGAUGCGGAUGAGCAGUGCCGAUUCCAGCACGGAGUCAAAUCGCGCCAGUGUAAAUACGGGGAGGUCUGCAGCGAGCUGUGGUGUCUGAGCAAGAGCAACCGGUGCAUCACCAAUAGCAUCCCGGCCGCCGAGGGCACGCUGUGUCAGACGCACACCAUCGACAAGGGGUGGUGCUACAAGCGCGUGUGUGUCCCUUUCGGAUCACGCCCAGAGGGUGUAGAUGGAGCCUGGGGUUCGUGGACCCCAUGGGGUGACUGCAGCCGGACUUGUGGCGGCGGUGUGUCCUCUUCCAGCCGGCACUGCGACAGCCCAAGGCCAACCAUUGGGGGCAAGUACUGCCUGGGCGAGAGGCGGCGGUACCGGUCUUGCAACAUGGACGACUGUCCUCCAGGCUCCCAGGACUUCAGGGAGAUGCAAUGUUCCGAAUUUGAUAGCAUCCCCUUCCGAGGGAAGUUCUACACAUGGAAGACGUACAGAGGAGGGGGCGUGAAGGCCUGCUCCCUCACGUGCCUAGCCGAGGGCUUCAACUUCUACACGGAGCGGGCAGCUGCCGUAGUAGACGGGACACCCUGCCGCCCAGACACAGUGGACAUCUGCGUCAGCGGCGAGUGCAAGCACGUGGGCUGUGAUCGUGUCCUGGGCUCCGACCUGCGUGAGGACAAGUGUCGUGUGUGUGGUGGUGACGGGAGUGCCUGCGAGACCAUCGAGGGGGUCUUUAACCUAGCCUUGCUGGGGGCCGGGUACGAGGAAGUCGUCUGGAUUCCCAAAGGCUCCGUCCACAUUUUCAUCCAGGACCUGAACCUCUCCCUCAGUCACCUGGCCCUAAAGGGGGACCAGGAGUCCCUGCUGCUGGAAGGGCUUCCCGGGACCCCGCAGCCCCACCGCCUGCCCCUGGCUGGAACCACCUUUCACCUCCGGCAGGGGCCAGAGCAGACCCAAAGCCUGGAAGCCUUGGGCCCUAUCAACGUAUCUCUCGUUGUCAUGGUGCUGGCACGGACAGAACUACCCCCCCUCCGCUACCGCUUCAACGCGCCCAUCUCCCGCUACGCCCUGCCGCCCUACACCUGGCACUACGCGCCCUGGACCAAGUGCUCUGCUCAGUGCGCUGGUGGCAGCCAGGUGCAGGCGGUGGAGUGCCGCAGUCAACUGGACAGCGCGGCCGUGGCCCCGCACCACUGCAGCGCCCACAGCAAGCUGCCCAAGAGACAGCGUGCCUGCAACACAGAGCCCUGCCCGCCAGACUGGGUCGUAGGGAACUGGUCCCGCUGCAGCCGCAGCUGUGACGUCGGCGUGCGCAGCCGUUCUGUUGUGUGCCAGCGCCGCGUGUCUGGUGCGGAGGAGAAGGCGCUGGACGACAGCGCAUGCACACAGCCCCGUCCUCCCGUGCUUGAGGCCUGCCAGGGUCCCACCUGUCCUCCAGAGUGGGCCGCCCUUGAUUGGUCUGAGUGUACCCCCAGCUGUGGGCCCGGCCUCCGCCACCGCGUGGUCCUUUGUAAAAGCGCUGACCAACGUGCCACACUAGCCCCUGCGCACUGCUCACCCGCAGCCAAGCCACCAGCCACCAUGCGCUGCAACUUGCGCCGUUGCCCCCCGGCCCGCUGGGUUGCCGGCGAGUGGGGCGAGUGCUCCGCGCAGUGUGGCUUCGGGCAGCAGCAUCGCCCCGUGCGCUGUAACAGCCACACGGGCCAGCCAUCGCGGGAGUGCACCGAGGCGCUGAGACCUCCCGCCACGCAGCAGUGCGAGGCCAAGUGCGAGAGUGCACCCGCUGAGGACGGCCCAGAAGAGUGCAAGGAUGUGAACAAGGUCGCUUACUGCCCCCUGGUGCUCAAAUUCCAGUUCUGCAGCCGAGCCUACUUCCGCCAGAUGUGCUGUAAAACCUGCCAGGGCCGCUAGGGGACGGACGCGCGGCACCUGGAGCCACAGCUGGGCGCCCACGGGUGGGAGGGGAGGCGGGGUGGUAGCGCUGAGUGUGAGAUCUGCCCUGGGCUGGUCGAGGGGGCGGAGCAGGUGGGAGCUGGAGGUGAAAGGUGGGGUGGAACCUGAAGUUAUUUAUUGACGGGCCCCCAGACUGGGGAUGGGGAGGAGUUAAUCACCUCCAGGGUCCCUCUUCAGCCCCCCUGCCAGUUCACAUGGUAAGACACGCCCCCUCCAGGAUGGGAUUGGGCGGGGACAGCUAUUCUCCCUAAGAUGCCUUACCCCCCACCCCUAGGGAGUCCCUUUGAUGGGAAUAUGUACUGUGAAGAGGGGGGAAGGGAAAGGGGGGUCUACUGGUGCUCUGUCCCCACCACUGCCCGUCCCCCUCCACUCCGAGCUGGGAGGAGGGGGCUUAGCACCACCAUCCCCCUGACCAGACCAGCUGCAGGAGUGUCGAGGAGCUGGGAAGAUUCAAGCCAGCCUCAGCCCUGCCUGCCCCAGGGCGGCCUGCCAUCCAGCUUCCCCGAUUCAUGGUGCUACAGGCCCUGCCCUGGGGCCCACAAACGCCACACCGGGAAGCCCCCUCAUCAAUAAAGUUUUGUCUCGUGUA